AAAUGACCGUCACACAGUGCACCUCACCUCUUACCGCUGCUACGUCUGCAACAAAGAAUACCGCACGCCCAAUAGUCUACAAAAUCAUAUGUAUGUGUACCACAAAAGAGAAGGGAAGAGCUGAGGAGAACGACGGUCGCUUAGAGUGUCCACAUUGCCACAAAAUGUUGAAGGGUACAAGUCUGCGCAAACACCUCGAGGACAUGCACACUGUCCACCUCACACCUUACGAGUGCAAGAUCUGUCACAGGUUCUACCGCACUCCCAACAGCCUGCAGAACCACAGUAGCCGCUACCACCGUCGCCAGCGAACCGACUCCUCCGGACCCUCGGAGUAUGAAGCUUCCGGCGCCCCGCCCUUCCCCGCCGCCUCCAUGACCCCAGUCGCGGUGCCGCAGCAGUUGUCGUCGCUGCUGGCAGCUGCCGCAGCAGCCCGCGCCACCACGCACCUGAGCCCCCGCACUCCUGGACUGAGCAACGGGGCACCCCCGCCGCCUCCAGAGCACCAUCUGCCGGGGGACAAAGCCACCUCGUUCAGUGACAUCUUCAACUGA